AUGACGAGAUUUACGUUGCCUCAUUGUCGCAAUUGUAAUCCAUUUAUGUCAUUCUUCACUAUUUCUCAUUGCAAUAAUCACAUUACUCAUUCAAUUACACACAGAAAAUAUUAUUCUUCAACCAUUUCAAUUGAGAAAAAAAUUAGGGUUUCUGACAGCAUAAAGUGUUUAGAUGAUGCUGUGAAUGUAUUCCAUCAAAUGGUGAGAAAUCAACCUCCUUGUUACAACUUCACUAAAUUGUUGAAAACCAUUAUAGAUAUGAAGCAUUACUCUUCUGUUAUUUCUCUUUUUAAAGAAAUGCUCAAAUUAGGUAUUCCAAUUGGUGAAUUCGUCUUGAGUAUAGUGAUUGACAGCUAUUGUUGCAUGCAUUAUGCUGAUUUCGGAUAUUCUAUAUUACCCAUUUACGUGAAGAAGGGUUUUCCAUUUGAUGCUGUCACAUUUAACACUUUAUUAAAGGGACUCUUUGCUGAAAAUAAAGUCAAAGAUGUGGUUAAUUUGUUUAAGAAGUUGGUGAGAGACGAUAUUUGUGAGCCUAACAAAGUAACGUAUUUGAUAGUCAUGAAUGGGCUAGGCAAAAGGGGUUAUACUAAAAGAUGUUUAGAUUUGCUCCGAGUUAUGGAAAAAGGAAGCACUAAGCCCGAUACAAGCGUCUACAACAUUGUUAUAAAUGCCCUUUGCAAAAAUACAAUGCUCAAUGCAGCUAUCAACCUCUUUGACGAGAUGAAACAAAAAGGCGUACCUCCGAGUGUUAUCACGUAUAGUUCAUUGAUUGAUGGUAUGUGUAAGUUUGAUCAGUGGGAAAAUGUUAGGUCUUUGUUACGUGAGAUGGUAAAUUUUAAUGUUUAUCCAGAUGUGGUCACCUUCAACAUAGUGAUCGAUGGACUAUGCAAAGAAGGGAAAGUUGAAGAUGCUGAGGAAGUAAUGAGACACAUGAUUGAAAAAUGGGUAGAGCCUAAUGUGAUCACCUACAAUGUGAUAAUGGAUGGACAUUGUUCGCGUGGUCAAGUGGAUAAAGCGAGGAGAAUUUUUUGUUCCAUGAUAGAUAAGAGCAUUGAGCCUGACAUUGUUAGCUAUAACAUACUAAUAAAGGGAUAUUGUAAGAAAAAGGAACCAGAAGAGGCCAUGAAGUUGUUUCUUGAAAUUUCUCAUGAUGGAUUGAAACCUAAUAUUCUUACAUACAAUACAAUUAUGCAAGGUUUGCUUGAAGUUGGAAGAACUAAUUGUGCGCAAAAAAUGUAUGUUGAGAUGCAAUCUGCAGGGCACUUGCCUGAUUUAUGCACUUAUCGCACUUUGCUUGACGGUUAUUUUAAAAAUGGACUUGUUGAGAGAGCUAUGACGCUAUUUCAUAAGUUGGAAUUAAAGAGAGAAUGUACUGAUAUUGAACUUUAUAGCAUUGUCAUUAAUGGUUUGUGCAAAAACGGUAAACUCGACAAAGCUCAUACCAUUUUUGAGAAGCUUUCUGUAAUAGGUUUACAUCCCGACGUUAUAACAUACGGGAUAGUGAUUAAAGGAUUUUGUCGAGAAGGUUUGUUUGAUGAAGCGAAAAAUAUGUUAAGAAAAAUGGAGGAUAAUGGUUAUUUGCUAGAUAACGCAACUUACAAUAUUAUCGUGCAAGGAUUUCUCAGAAGUAACAAGAUUAGUGAAAUGAAGUCUUUUUUAAAGGAGAUGGAUGGGAAGCGCUUCUCAUUUGAUGCAACUACAGUUAAGUUAUUGAUAGGUGUUGCGGAGGAUCCUUAUUUGAUGAAUAUGAUACCAGAGUUUCAGCGAAAAAACAAAAAGUAAAUGUCUUUUUGCUUGGUUUAUACGGCUAUGCACUAUUAUGCAAUUUCCAUUUGCCUCUGCAAAGGAAUUCACAUCCAAUGGAAAUUGUGGAAACUGAGAAAAUGGCAAUUAGAACAUUGCUUGAGCUUUCUAAGAAAUCUUAUC